AUGAAGGGAAUCGAGACGUCGGGCCCCGACGAGGGAGCCUGUGAUCAGGGCGUGGUGGAGAGUAGCAGAGGGGACCCGAGAGUAACAAAAAAAAGGAGGAUGAUCACGAGGCUCAUGCACCUGGGGGAUCCGGGGAUAUUCGAGGAUGAGGUCUCCGAUCGUCUCGACCGCCCUUCGUCCCCGAUCGUCUCGACCGCCCUUCAUCCCCGAACGCUGUCGUCGUUUCAGGAGAGGCUCCUGCUGUCGGUGUUGCCGGAGCACGUGGCGGCGGACAUGCGGCGGGACAUGGAGAAGGGCGAGGAGCCAUCCCAGUUCAAGACCAUCUACAUGAGCCGGCACGAGAACGUCAGCAUCCUGUUCGCGGACAUCGUGGGCUUCACGGCCAUUUCCUCCACCUACUCCGCGUCGGAGCUGGUGCAGAUCCUCAACGAGCUCUUCGCCCGGUUCGACCGACUGGCCGAGAAAUAUCAUCAGCUACGGAUCAAGAUCCUGGGGGAUUGUUAUUACUGCAUCAGCGGGGCCCCAGAGGAUCGCGAGGACCACGGGGUCCUGUGCGUCCACAUGGGCCUCUCCAUGGUGGAAGCGAUCAAGUACGUGAGAGAGCUGACGGGAAGCCCCGUGGACAUGAGGGUGGGGAUCCACACGGGAGCCGUCCUCGCGGGGGUCCUCGGCCAGCGCCAGUGGCACUACGACGUCUACUCCAAGGACGUCAUCCUGGCGAACAAGAUGGAGAGCGCGGGGAUGCCAGGGAGGGUGCACGUGUCCAACGUCACGCUGGCGACGCUGGGGGAUGCGUUCGAAGUGGAGGCGGCGUGGGCGGAGAAGAGGGAGGAGGCGCUCCGACUCGCAGGGCUCAAGACCUAUUUCAUCGUUCGCAUCCUUAUUCCCUUCCAGGAGGGAACGGAGGAACCGAACGGGGACAUCGCGGUCCUGCUGGACCCCGAGUUCUCCGACAACGACGUCCUCUCCCGCGAGAACUCCCUCACGGAGUCCAACUGCGCCCUGUCGGAGCGGGACAGGGAGGGCGGGUCGGGGAGCACGCGGCGGGAGGAGCGUCGGACCCUCCUCUAUCGCAAGAGACUCCGGAAGGAACUCGUCAACCGAGAGGCGCAUGAGGCCGUGCUUCGGAGAAGCGUGAAGCAGCCGUUCCUCAAGUUUGUCAAGGCGGAGAUGGAGAAGGAGUUCCAGGAGCAAGGGGGACUGGAGGACGACUCCAAGCUGUCCCCUGCGGUCCUCGCCGUCAUCUUCUUCGCCACGAGUGUGGCCCAGCUCGUCGUUCUUCCCAGGGACGUGGCAUCGCUGUCGACGCUGACGGCCGGCUUCCUCAUCUUCCCCGUCUUCCUCUCCGUCGUCCUCCCCUGCAUCAGGCCACCCGUGAGUCCCGCAACUCGGCCCGCCGAGCCCGGAAAGCGUCUGGAGGCGGGCACCGCUGCAGACUCGCUAUUCCUUGCGCCGCCUCCACUUGAUUUCCUCGGCUUAGCGGUCCCCACGCUGAAAGCGUGGGGAUGCAUGGAACGGAAUGGGAGGAUGCGUGAAAUGGGGGGAUGCACUUCCAUCCAGGUUUGCCGGAAACGGUUGGAGAGGAUAUGGGAGAGGAUGGAGAGAAGUUUUUGGGUCCGGAGCCUCUACGUCAUCGGCCUUGUCGCCAUCCUGCUCCUCCUCAAUAUCAUCGACAUGGUGUUCUGCAAGCCUGCAUUGGACGUGUACGCCCAGACAGGAACGGAGGUGACGAGAACAAACGACACCGCGUCUCCUUCCCCUUCCCUCGACUACUGCCUGUACCCGGCUUACUUCGCCCACUUCGGGAUCCUCAUGCUGAUCGGCGUGUCCCUGCUGGCCCAUCUGGACCAUGUGACCAAAGGCCUGCUGAUCCUGGGGAUCUCAGCGACCCACGUCCUCCUGAUUCUCCUCCCUCCCGUCGAGACGGUGUUCUCCGCCGCUCAACGGGCCAUGGGGCUUCCCUUCCUCGGCGGAGUGCUCGAAGAAAAGCACGAGGUCUGCUUGAGCUUCCUUCUCAUCUCCUUAGUUUUCCUCUUCUUCACCCGCCAGCUGGAGAAGACGCAGCGGGUGCUGUUCAUCUGGAAGGCGGCCAUCUCGGAGCAGCGGGAGAGGGCGGCCGCCAUUCGGAGGCAUAAUCAGCAUUCCACUCCCUAUGAACUCACUCAGGCUCUGGUGUUCAACAUCCUGCCCCCGCACGUGGCAGCUCACUUCAUGCAGAGCAAGCGGCUCAAGCAUUCCACCCUCUACUCCCAAUCUUACGCCGAGGUCGGCGUGCUCUUCGCCUCCAUCCCCAACUUCUCCGAUUUCUACUCGGAGGAGACGGUGAACAACCAGGGAUUGGAGUGCCUCAGGUUUCUCAACGAGGUCAUCUCCGACUUCGAUGCACUGUUGGAGUCCUCGGAGUUCUACGAGAUCAGCAAGAUCAAAACAAUCGGCUCCACGUACAUGGCGGCCAGUGGACUCACCCCAACUCGAAAAGUCCUCCCAAACAUGUCGAUCCGGAAACGGUGGUGGCACUUGUCCCUCCUGGUGGAAUUCGCCUUCAGGCUUCGCGAGACCCUCAACGCCAUCAACGAACAAUCCUUCAAUAACUUCAUCCUCAAAAUGGGUAUCAAUCACGGCCCGAUCACGGCAGGGGUGAUAGGAGCCCGGAAGCCCCAUUAUGAUAUAUGGGGGAACACGGUGAACGUGGCGAGUCGGAUGGAGAGCACCGGAAGGGCCGGCUUCAUUCAGGUUACCCAGGAGACGCAGGAGAUUCUGUCCCAAUUCGGGUACCAGUUCGAGGCCCGGGGUCUGGUCCAGGUGAAGGGCAAAGGGGAACUAAUGACCUACUACUUGAUCGGGAAGGAGGAGGGGGCACCUCUUUUCUCCUCGCCCGAGUCGGAACCGGUGGACACGAACUAUGAACUUGGUCCCACCCGUGGUCUCGAUGUGAAGCUGGGCCUUCACAUCGUUCACUUCAAGUUCACUUCACAUGACCAGGGGUUUGUGACACCAUGA